GAAGCAGAAGCACGAGCAGCAGCAGCGCAGCCACAAGCAACGUCAACGGAUGAUUGCUUGGUCGGUCGGUUGGUUGGUCGAUGCUAAUAGUUUCUCCGGGGGCUCUCUUUCUCCCAUCUGGCGCUCCGCUGGACAAAGUGCGAAAAGAAAGUAUAUACACUCAUAUACACGCAUAUAAAUAUAUAUAUAUAUAUUUAUAUGCAUAUGAAUGUGCCAGUGUGUCGGUGUGUUUAUGUUGUUCAGCAACGAAAUCAAACGAAUUAGCUUAAGAAUGUUUGUGUGCAAAUAUUAAUUAUAAGAAACGCAAAAGUGCAAAAAUGUUUACCAAGAAAUCGCAUGCCGAUGUUAAAAAGUCGACGGCCAAGUUGCAGGAUUGCAAAAAGGAUUCCGCCUCCCGCCUACGCCACCUGCGCACAAUAUUAGAUAAUGUGGAUUAUGAGGAGUCAAAGUCGCUGUUCGAGACAAAUUAUAGCCAUGUCUAUUUCAUACUCUACGAUACCUUUAUUCAGGCCGAGGCCAAUCUUAAACAAAAAGUGCACAAGGCGCAUCGCGAGGAACUGGAUGGCUCGCUAUGGCUGUUGGAGAAGAUACUGUGCCUGCUGCCGGAGCUGUUGGCUCGACGCUGGCAAUGCCACUCGCUCAGCAGAAUCAUGGCGAAGCUGCUCCAUUUGGGCAACUCGCCCAAGCUGCGUCGCGAGGGUGUGAAAUACUUUCUGCUCUGGUACCAGACAUUGGGCGACAAUGCGCCUGGCUAUGUGCACGCCAUGUAUGCGGACCUUAUACCCGGCCUCAUUGUGCCGCAGAAGGGCAUGGUGGGCCCCGAUACGGAGUUCAGUGCCUCGGAUUUUCUCUCGCAUCCCAAUAUGAAAGCAGAUGGAGGCAUGGCCUCCGUUUUCCAUGAUAAUACGUUCUCGCAUCCCGUGCAGAGCUCCGAGGUUGUGGCCUUGCUGCCGCCUUCGUCCAGCGAGAAGUCCGCACCGCCAGAUCCACGCGACGGUCUAGAAGUCCUGCUCAAUAGCAUGGUGCAAACAGCUGCGUGUCUGCGCUGGCGCGACAAUCGUACGCAGAAAGAUCAUAAAGCGUUUGCAUUUCUGCUGCAACGCUUCAAGGAGGUGUUUCUGCCCGUGUUCUCGCCCAGCUUUGAUGCGACCACCUCGAUUUAUAAUCCACGUCUGGAGAUGCCCGUCAUGCGUUCAAUACACAAGAAGGAGGAGGUCAUGGCCUCCUGUGUGGUGGUGCUUAUCAAUUGGGUUUCACGCUUUACGCACGAGCGCCUGCUCAGCCAUCGCUUGGACUGCGCCCUGCACAUUGAAGGUGUGGAUCAUGCCCGGCUUCUGGGCUAUCAGCAGGGCCUUAUUGUGCGCGAUGUGUUCUAUGUGAGCCGCGAGAACAUCAACUUUGUGCACGAGGUCUAUCGCCAGGCGUUUCUGCUUAACUUCACAUCAAAGGCGCAAAUCGAGGCUAUACGAACGGCCAUUGCUGUCUAUCGGGAUUGGAUGACGGGCACAACGCCGCCACCGUUCCUGCUGGAGCCAAAUGAUGAACAGGGCGCACCGUCAACGGCUCCAACAAGCCUCAGCAAUGCAGGCGGCACGCCACGUAGCCAGCGCCUACGAACACCUUCCUAUGUGGGCGCCAUGCAGGGCAACAAGGAGCAGCAGCAGGUAUUGCGCGCGGGCAUGCAGAAUGUCCUGCAAGUGUUUGUCACCAACGCGGCGAACGUGUUCCUUGUGAACACUGCGAACCUGAAUAUAUGCUUUCCCACACGCUCACGUGACUAUCGAUCGACGCCGCUGCAGGAGCAGACCGAAAUAUGCAAGAAGGUGCUGAAUGUCUAUCGGACCAUGGUGAUGAACACACGCAUGGAGUCGCGCACAUGGGAACAGAUGCUGCUGGUUUUGCUGCAGGUAACGUCCGUAGUGCUGCAUCAGAAUCCGCCGCCCAGUGGCUCGAAGAGCGCCAGCUUGGGCGGCAUACUCGGCUCAGCCAUAUUUCAAACGCUGAUCGUCACCUGGAUACGGGCACACACCAAUGUGCCAGUGAAUGUGAUGCUCUGGGAGAAGUUUCUCACCGUGCUUCAAUCGCUGACGCAUCGCGAGGAGCUCAUUGUCGAAUGGAGCAAAACGAUACAGACGCUGACACGCGUCUUCUCGCGCUAUACCUACGGCAUUAAUCUGUUGGACUUGCCACUGGAUCGUGUGGCCGAGAGUCGGGGCAAGAGGCGGCGCAUUGGCAGCGUCUGGCAGGGCUCGGGCAGCGCCGCCGGCGCACGAGCCCAUGUGGCCACCAGCGUACAACGCGAACGCGAAAGCAUCGCCGAGUCCAACAGCAGUCGUUCCGACGAGAACUCGCAGGCGGGCAGCAACAACCAAGCGCCGUUGCUGCAGCCCGCCAAUCGCACGCAUCAGCACUCGCAAUCCCAUGGCGGCACCGGUCACGGAGUACGCCCAGUACCACUGACGCCCAUGCUCAGUCGCAGUUACAGCGAGGGCAGCCUGGCCUCGGCGGCGCGCAAUUCACGUAUACGCCGCCGACGCCCUGUGCCGCAGAAGACGGAUGCCACGGCUGCCAUACGCUCGGGAUUGGAGGCGUCGAGCAGUGGGCAGGAUAUGCGUCGGGCCAUGUCGCUGGAUUCGUUGGCGCCCAUACGCAAGAGUCGGCGACGUCGCGGCUCACAGCAGGCCGUCGACGAUGUUGAUGGCUAUCAGGAUGCGGUUGAGGUGGAGGACACUGAGAGUGGCGCGGGCUCCCGCAGUCCAUCGCCGACGGCCAGCAGCGGCAUCGAGGGCGGCUCCAUCAAGGAUGCCCAGCUGCACAUCGAUGUGCUGGCCGCGGACUCCGGCAGUCUGGAAGAUGGCAAUUCGGGCAGCUUUGGCGCCGGCAACUACGGCUCGGAGCGUCGCUCGAUUAUGCUCGGUGGCACAGCCACUGGCUGGCUGCCCGACUCUACGUCUAUCAUGUGGAAGCGCAUGCUGGGCGCCCUGGGCGAUGUGAAUCGCAUUCCCAAAGCGGAGCUGCAUGCGCAGGUCUUCAAGCACCUGCUGGAGAUGACCCAGAACCUAAUCAAAAUCAAGCAGAAUCAAGGCAUCUCAACGGAUAACCAAAGUACGCCGCCACCGCCGCCCUUGGUGCCGCCCAUUGGUGUUGUGGCACCUUGGUGCUACGGCGCCUUGACCCUGGAUCGUUCCUUCAAAAGCGGCAAACUCUGGGCGCUGCAGUUGCUCUGCGCCUUGGCGUUGCAAGGCGCCAUUGGCAUGCAGCAGCUGGCGCUCUUUUAUCAUGCACUGCAUCAGCUGUUGACGGGCGAGGAUCGGGAUCUGAUCUAUGCGAUUAUGAAGCACUUGGAGGGACCGCGUUUGCUCAGUCUUCUGUUGCCCGGACACACGCUCCUACUGCUGGAUCUGGUGCAUGCCAGCGCCAUAUUGUUGACCUCGCUGGAAGUGACGCCCAGCACGCCUCGCGCUGAGGUGGCUGCUCUGCUGGGCUCGCUGUUGGCGUAUCCCGCCACACUGUUGCCGCGACCCGUGCUGCAGCCGACGGCGCAGCAGUUUGAGCUGAUGGAAUGCCCCGAUCUGCAGGAUCACAUACUCAACAUAAUGCUCCGCUGUGCGCGCCGCGAGCCCUCGGCGAAGGCGCGUUGCAUUGCGCUCUGCCAGCUGGGCCAGUGGCUGCUGCUGCGUCUCUCGCAGCCCACACGCAAUGCGCAGCAGCGCGGCCAGUUCCAGCAAUCGGUGCCGCAUCCCAAGGACGUGCUGCCUAAGGAUACGAGCGCACAAAGCUUUCAUCCGCGCAUACGUGAGGUGCUGCAGGUGCUCCUCCAGGCGCUACAAUUCAAACAUCACACCAUCGCAGUCAUCGCUGUGGAUGCGCUGAAGCUGUGCGCGGAGCGUGGCCGUCAGCUGGCAGCCAUUGAGCGUGUGCCGCACCUGAUUAUAACGGCACUGUGCCGGGCUCUAGAUAUACAGAACGUGUCGAAGCCCAAGGAUGCCGACAAGGUGGUGCUGACAUCGCUGAUGCUCUGCCUCGGCGAGUUCUGCAUGGCUAUACCAGCUGCUCUCAUGCUGGCGCCCUACAAUGAUCAGGGCGACACACUGGUGCUGCAAGUGCUCAGGGUCUUGCUUCAGGUGGCAUCGGGUGCGCCGCGCCACGAACGCGUCAAACUGACCUCGGAUGAGGAUUUCGACAUGCACAUUGCCAGCGAUGAUCUGCAGGGUGACGGUCGCCUGCCGGAGGCCACCUAUCAAACAUCGGAGACCAUACAGGCCUGCAUCUCGGCGAUUCGAUUGUGCGCUCGCGCCGUUGCCAUGCAUCUGGUCACGCAUCUGGGCCAUUUUCCCAUGGGCAUCGGCGCCUCACGGCUGAGCUCUAUGGUCGAGGAGCAGGAUGAUAUUUAUGGCGUGAACAGCGCCGGUCAGUCGGGCAGUCAGCUGGAGCGUCGCGACUCUAUGGAACUCCCGUCGGUUGUUAACGCACAGAACCUGCAGCUCUUCAUGCUCAACACGGGCCUCGUGGCCAGUUUCAUAGAGCUGCCCACGCUGAAGCUGCCAGGUGGCGGCAUUACAGCCGGUCUGGUAACUGCCGAAAAGCAGGUGCGGGUGCUGAUGCGCGAUCUAAAUGGCAAAGCUUGCUGGGAUGCCUCCAUACUGUACUCGGAGCCGCGCAAAGGCGAUGCGAUACCAACACCAGCGCAUGCACAGUACAGCUCGGAGCGCUACGAUGGCCCGUCGACGUUGGCCAAGGCGUGCCAGUCCAUGGACUCGUUACACGUUCAACAGCAGCCGCAGCUGCCGCGACACACGCUGCGACAUCGACCACCUGGAGUGCUGCCGCUAGCCAAGGAUGUGGCGCCAGACCUGGAUCAGCUGGACGAUAUGCUGGCCUACAUAGGCCACACCAGUCCAGAGUGCGUGCCGCCCACCAUUUCCGAGUUGAAUGCGCCCAGCCUGAGUCCGUUGAGCAGUGCCCAGGAGGCGCAGGCAAUAUCCGUCAUACUCAAUCAGCGUGUGCUGGAGCAGGAGUUUGUGGCUCACUCGGCCCAGCAGCCGCUCACGGCUGCCGGUUUGCGGCAUGCGGGCUCCAGUUCAUCGCUGCCGCAGGCGGAUCAACGGUCGCUGCAGAGCGCAUCCGCAUCAUUUGACUCGUUUACCGGGGCUGGCAGUUUGCCAGGUCGUGCGGAGACACCAUUUCAAUACUGUCGCCUGCUGUUUGCCCAUCUGGGUCUGGCCGGCUGGGAGCGACGCUCGCGUACACAUCUGCUGCAGCGUAGCGAGAAGCUGUUGCGUGAGCUACGCAACGUGGACUUGCAGAAGUGCCGCGAGACGCACAAAAUGGCUGUCAUCUAUGUGGCCGCUGGGCAGGAGGACAAGACGAGCAUCUUGCGUAAUACAAACGGCAGCAGCAUGUACGAGAUGUUUGUCUCGGCGCUUGGGUGGGAGAUAGAGCUGGAGACGCAUAAUGGCUUUUUGGGCGGCUUGCCGCGUCAGGGCUGUGGCGCCACGGCGCCCUAUUAUGCCACGCCCUUCUUGGAGGUUGUCUACCAUGUGGCAACGCGCAUGCCCUCGGACUCGUCGGAGGCAAUGCUGCUGAAGACACGUCAUCUGGGCAACGAUGAGGUGCACAUUGUCUGGAGCGAACAUCAUCGCGACUACAGACGCGACAUACUGCCCACAGAGUUCUGCGAUGUGCUUAUCGUUGUGUAUCCGCUGCGCAAUGGUCUGUUUCGUGUGACGGUCAAUCGUAAGCCGGAGGUGCCAUGGUUUGGGCCGCUUGCCAAUGAGAGCGUUGUCAGUGGCGCCUGCCUGGCCACGCUCAUACGCGCCACGGCCAUCAACGCGAGUCGCACCAAGCGCGCCGCCCUGCCGCUCUACCAGCAAUUCUAUGAGGAGCGUAAUCGUUCGCUGGAAAGCGUCUCGUCACGGUACAAGGAAAGCACCACAUUCGAGGACUUUGCCAGCCGCAUUUACAAUCCCAUGCCGGUGUCCAUACUAAGCACAUUGCGUGAAUCGAAUGCGAGCAGUUCGGCCGCACCUCUAGCCGCCGCGUUGAUUGAUCAUAAUCGCGCCUCCGUCAAAGGAUGGGUACAAGCGUCCAUUGAUGCGGGCCCAGCGCUGGGCAUAGCGCCCUCUGUCUCAGCUGGCUCCACGGCAGCCAUGGAGGCCAAUUCCAAUAGCAGCAUUAGCUCAGCAUCGCCUCGCGGUCCACGAAAACUAGGCGCGCCCUUUAAGAGCGUGACCAAGAAACAUUCGCUGCAACAUAUUGCCGUGGGCGGUAGUUCCGGUGGCAGUGCGGCUGGCGAUACACCACCAGAGAGUCCCACACUGCCGCUGCGACGCAUCAAAUAGACUACAAUACGCACUGGCUAACGUUGCAACAACAACAGGAACUGCAACAACAACAACUAAUAUAUAAUAACAUCCCCUAACUUAACUCAUUCCCCGCUACAAAACAAAUCCAGAGCCAGGCGGCUACUCGAAUAGCCAACAACCACGCGGAGUUCUAUUGAAACAAGAAAAGUAUUGCAACAAAAAAACAUACACACAACCACACACGUUUCCUGUUAUGUUAUAUGAUUUCUUAUAUUUCUUAUUGAUAUUGUAAUUUAUUUCAUUCAUCUCGUUGCUAACUUAGUCUAACUAAUC